UGUAAGAGCGUUAGAACUCCGCUGAGGCGGACGAAGAAGACUUGAGGGGACACAUUUUUGUUAUUGUUCCCCCUUUUACAGCUGCCUGUAUUUAUUUUUGCUUUUUUGUUACCUUCUGUGGAAUAUCAUUACCUAUUGGGAAUAACAGAAAACAACCAGUGGAUUUUACUCAAAGAAAUGGUGGCUUACGAUGAACUGGGCAGUCUGGUGCCUAUCAAACGGACUCUGCAAGUGAUAGACUGCCAGAACCAGACCAACAAAGAGCUAGAGGAACCCAGUACUAAGCGUGUGCGGCCGCUGGGCAGAGUGACCUCGCUGGCGAACCUCAUCUCUCCCGUGAAGAAUGGGGCCGUCCGUCGCUUCGGCCAGACCAUCCAGUCCAUCUCCUUUCGGGGUGAUGGCAGGUCGCCGGGCGUGCCCCAGAAACCCUGCAGCAAAGCGGCGGUGCCAACUCCCCCUAAACGGAGGAACAGCACACUGUGGUCAGAGACCCUGGAUGUCCAUCAGAAGGGUACCUUCUCUACCAAGGAGAUCAAGAGACAGGAGGCAAUAUUUGAGCUGUCUCGUGGAGAACAAGAUCUGAUCGAGGACCUCCAGCUAGCACGAAAGGCCUAUCAUGAUCCAAUGCUGAAACUGUCGAUCAUGUCUGAGGAAGAGCUGACACAUAUAUUUGGUGAUCUGGAUGCGUACAUCCCACUGCAUCAAGAUCUGUUGGCUGAACUUGCAAAGGCUACCGGCCCCGAUGGCACAGUGGGACAGAUUGGCCAAAUCGUCGUCAAUUGGCUGCCCAGGUUGAAUGCCUACAGGGCUUACUGCAGUAACCAACUGGCAGCCAAGGCCCUGCUGGACCAGAAGAAACAAGACCCACGUGUGCAGGACUUCCUGCAACGGUGCCUUGAGUCGCCUUUCAGCCGCAAGCUGGACCUGUGGAGCUUCCUGGACAUCCCCCGCUCACGCUUGGUCAAAUACCCACUGCUCCUGAAGGAGAUCCUCAGACACACUCCUCCAGAGCACCCCGACACAGCCAGUCUGGAGCAAGCGAUCAGCAUCAUCCAGGGUGUGCUGUCAGACAUUAACAUGAAGAAGGGAGAGUCUGAGUGUCAGUAUUACAUUGAUAAGCUGGAGUAUCUGGACGACAGACAGAAAGAUCCACGCAUUGAGCAGUCCAAGACCCUGCUCUGCCACGGCGAACUUCGCAACAAGAGUGGAACAAAACUGCAUGUGUUCCUGUUUACCGAAGUGUUGGUUCUGACACGGCCAGUCACACGUAACGAUCGCCAGUGUUUUCAGGUGUACCGCCAGCCAAUCCCAGUGCAGGACCUCAUCCUAGAUGACCUGCAGGACGGAGACGUGCGAAUGGGCGGUUCCUUUAGAGGAGCUUUCACCAACGCAGAUAAAGCAAAGAACAUUUUCCGCGUGCGUUUCCAGGACCCAGCUCAGGGUCAGUCCCACACGCUGCAGGUGAAUGACAUUUUCCACAAGCAGCAGUGGCUCAACUGCCUGCGCAGUGCCAUAUCCGUCCAAAGGGGCUCGAUGACCCCCGAAAACGAGACUCCAGCAGCGGGCGACUCCCACAUGAAACGCCGCUCCUCCACCACUUCUGCUGUCCUCCAGAUGGAAGAAACAGACGAAAACUGCCCACAGAACACUACGUCAGUCCCCAACUCACCAUGCUCAGGCGAACCCUCCAGCCCCACUCCCUCUGUAACGUCCACCCUCUCCACCUCUUCGUCUUCAUCAUCAUCAUCAUCAUCUUCCUCACCCCGUAAGUCCAAAAAGGACAAACGGUCAAUCUGUUCAUUGGGCAAGAGGAAGGAAACUAUGGUGUAGAGAGGAGAGGAUAAAGGACUCUAUGAGAACUACUCUAUCACAGAGGAGCCCGUGGUGGCGAUAACAGGGACAGGGCCAGGUCGUCAUGUGGCCCUGGUUGGGACGGACUUGUAUUUAUGUGUGUCAGAACUACAUGUGUUCGAAGCAGUGUUUUCCCUGUUACUGUCCUCAAUGGCAGCUAUAUUACCUUCCUUUUAAAUACCCUCCAACUACCCACACCAGAGAGACGCAGUAUUGCUGAGGUGCAUAUGCAGAUCUCAGUGGGAUGGAUUACAAAGAUCACAUCUCACACACUCUUUGCUUUGUGUGUGAAGAGAGAUCAUACCCAU